AUGGGCAAAGUCGCGCACCUGGAGGGCGUGGCGCAGCUGAAACCCGCGGGCAACGCGGAGUUCGUCCCGCUCUCAGCCAACGGGUGCUACAGGUCCUGCGACCACCUCGUGCUGUCCACGGUCAGCAACUGGGGCGGCUCGGCCUUCGAGGCCGCCGCCCACGCGCUGCUGGGCCCAGGCCGCGAGGCGGACUACCUGGGCGAGAUGCGGGGGCAGGGCUCCUCCCUCCAGAAGCACGCGCUGCUGGCCGCCAUCACGUCCGCUCCCGCUGGCGCCGUCGACGGCAUCGACCCGCAGAAGGCCCGGCCACUCGUAAGAGUGACCCCUUGUCGAACUGACCUCGGAUGCGAGCCCAUCCGGGCCCCCUGA